AUGAAGCCGGAAAAUGAUCAAACCACACCCCAAACACAAGUAAAAGCCUUUAAUAUCGAGGCAUUUAACCUAUUACAGUCAACAUUUAGUAAACAUAUAAAGAAAAGAGAAUUUGUAGAUUCAAAUCAGUCAGAUUCCCACCAAAUAGAUCCAUCAGAUGAAAAUAAUGAAAAUGUGGAAUUAAAUACAAUAUCAGAAUUAAUUUCCUCAGCUCUUUACGAGUUUUUGGACAAUUUGCAAGCCAAAGUUAAUUUUGACACAUUUGACGUGGUACAAAAAUCACUAGAUUCCAUCCAAAACAAACUAAAAGCUAUAGAAUAUUCCAAAUGGAAUAGACCAAUAUCAAGUAGAUAUCGAAAUGUGUACAAUAGACUGCUCCAGAGAACAAUAAAACCCCAAUAUACACCAAAUACACAUAAUAUAUCGUUAGAUUAUGUGAUCCUGUCGAGAAAGCUUACACACCUGAUAAAUAUUUGGUCACACCAGAACUCAGUAGAUGAUAGUCUUGAAGACGAUUCUACGUAUAUUGAGCCACCGCAAGUGACAGUUGUUAAGUUUGAUAAGACAGGGGAGGUGAUAAUAACAGGAGGAUCAGAAGGGAUAAUUAAACUUUGGGACGUUACAACGUGUAAACUAAUUAUGAGCCUUAAAAGGCAUUCAGGACCAAUUAACCAUAUUGAUAUACAUCCAACAAAUUCGUUCAUUAUCUCCUCAAAUACAACGCUUUCUACAGAACAGUACAACUCUGAGAUAUACUUAUGGGAGAUUAACGUUAACUUUUACAGACCGCACAAAGUAAUAAAUAACGUCAAUGAUAUUGUGUUUCUGAAGUUUGCAACUUCAACAGCCACCUGGGUGCCGAAAAACAUAGAAGAUAUCUCGAUGAAAGGAGUGGAUUUCAAUGAUAGAAAGAAUUGGGAGGCUAGUAUAGAAAAUACAAUAAUAAUAAGUUUGGAUAAAAAUAAUGUGUUAAAAGUGUAUAGAAUGAGAGACAUGAUUACGUCGUCGUCAGGAAAUAACAUAUACAACGAAGUUGCGCCCAAGUACAUAGUGGAUUUGUUUAACCACGAAGUAACAGGGUGUGAUAUUAGCAUUAACUUUUCAGACUCAAACUGUUUGGCUGCCCUGGGUAUAAAACCCAUGGAGUAUAAUAACAGUAGUAGUAGGAAUGUAACCUUUAAUUCAAUAGUACAUUGUAUUAAAAAUGAUACGUUCCAUGAUAAUAACUUCAAUGUCAAGGGGAAAUACAGAAAUUUAACUGAUAAAAACGGAGUAAUUUUGUUGAAAAUCCCAAUUACACCAUCUGAUAAUGAUAAUAGUGUGGAUGAUAGAUGUGAAUGUGAUUCUAAUAUGAAGAAUACAUCAACAUGUGUUAAUAUGUGUACUUUGUGUGGUAGAGUUAAAUAUAACAAAAGUAAUAUAUUUGAAAAUGAUGUGGAAGAGAAUGAGAUGGAACCGAACCGAUCAGGAAUUAUAAACAAGUUCCUGUGGGAGUCAGAUCAUAGUUCGUCAAUUGAAAAGUAUUUUAACACUGUUAUUCCAGAUUUCACAUUCGUCAAUGCGUCAUUAUUCGAGUCGUUUACAUUUAAUUUCCCAGUUAUGCAUUACCUCAAAAAUUCAAGUAACUUGAUCAUGCCAGCAUUUAUUGGGAAAACGCCAGCAUUUGUUAAGGAAUCGGGAGAUUUGGAUAAUUUGUUUGUAAACUUUUUGGGAAAUGAAUGCGGAAUUUCACCACAAAUAAGAUUCUCAAACACCUCAAUGGACUAUGUAACAGCUUCAAAAGAUAACAAGUUUUUCCUGUGGCAAUAUGAAAACGGUAAAUUUGUACCAAAACAAUUAUAUUCUGAAGAUUUAAAUUUUGAUUUUGAAAAUUAUGUUUUAACGCUAGGGACUAAUAACGCCACUAAUACAAUCACAGAUAGUGUUAGUAGAACAAGUAGCGUUAAUAGAACAGUUAAUGAUAAAAGCAUGUAUAAUAUCGUAUCGCUGGAAUGGUCAUGUAAUGACAAGUAUGUGUGUAUAGCAGAUGAAUUGAUGAAUAAGGAAGCUUGUGUGAAUGGUUCAAGUGGAACAAAUUCAGUUUUUAGAGUAUCGUUUUUCACAGACUAUGGGAAAUUUAUUGCCGAAAAAAGAGUCAAAUUGCAUGUUGUUAAAGUUAAAUAUAACCCAGUGAGCGAAGACCUGUGUAUUAUAUUAUGUCAACCAUCCGAUGUUAUGGUGUAUAACAUCGCAACAAGAACGGUAAUAAACACAAUUUCGUUUGAAAAUUCCGCGAGUUGGCUGGAUAUUCAGUGGCACCCGAUGGGACACAAAUUCGUUACUUGUGGAAAAUAUGGAUCGUUAUCGCUAUUUUCAACUGACUCUCAAACUUUGAUGGACAAAACCCCGAAUUAUCAGUUGACAGUGUCUGACUAUAACUCACACAUACAAAGUUACAUUAACGCACCAUACAGAGGAUUUGAGCCUGAGAAUUUAAGACUUAAAAGGUACUUUUCAAGUUUCUCAGACUCCCAAAUUACCAUGGAAGGAGAUUCAACAUAUGAAAUGAUUACGAAGGCACUUUUUGGUGGGCCAGUUGCAUUUCUGAAUGAACAACUAAAUACAGUACUGUUACACAUCGGGGCAACAAUUAGUAGAUAUCAUAAUGUAUCAUAUGGAGUAACGAAUGACGUUGAUAAUAAUGGGCUGUUAUAUGGUGUAAUGAUGAGAUUGGGAGGAUUUGAUGAGUAUUUCAGAUCACACAACACUGAAACUGAUGUAAAUUUACUGAGAAUUGUAGACCAAUUUCUUCAUUUGUUGCAAAACUCUAAUGAUAAAAAUGGUGAAAAUAAUAAUGAUGGCGUGGAAUGUAGCAUAGAAGAUUGUAUAGUAUGUAAGAACUAUGCCAACAAAGUUGAACAGCAUAGUAAUUACAUUCUGUCGAAGGAUUCUUACGUAACACUCAGGAGUGUGACUGACAAAAAUGGAAUAGUAAUACUGUCAUUACCUCCCUCACAAAGACCGAGCGAGUUCGUGGAAGCAAUACAAAUUGUACAGUCUGAAGAUUUGCAUACGCCAAGACGUUUUUCAAAUACUGUGGCGACCACACAGCCACCUUCAGAUUUACACUCAGUGGUUAAUUCUACAAGUUCUGAUGGUGUGUUAACAAGCGCUGGUCGUACAGUGACGAUUGAGCCACAGGUGUUAGAGAGAGAAGAGGAUGAAGAGGAAUCAGAGGAUUCUGACUACGAAGAAUCACCAGAAGAAUCAGAUUCUGAGUCACAUGAAAAUGACGCGUCAGUAAGAAGAUCAGUAAGAGCAAGCACAAGAAGAAGUUAUGAAGUGGAAGAAGAUAGUGAAAAGUAUAGCCUAAGAGCAAAAAGAGGAUUUAAUGAGGAUUCCUAUAAGAUUAAGGAGAUAGAUUCAGCCAAGAAAUUGAGUAACACUAUAGGGGCAAUAUCAAUACUAAACCAGAAUAAACCGGGAGAAUUAGAAGAAGAAGAAAUUGAGGAAAGAUUUUGUAUACUGUGUGGAAUGAGUAGUGAUGGAUACUAUACAAAUUUGACUAGAAGUCAGACUCAGAAGUUCUCCACCACCCUGUUUAGUCAAGGGCAUUCAUUUAACCCGGGGUGUAAGUUUUAUGAAAACACAAUAGUAGGGCCUAUGAACAUCCACAGAAGAUACCGGUCAUACCUUGAGGAUUAUCAUAACUUAUCAAAACGUAUUAAUUCAAAUGGUAAUAUAUUUGCGCAUUCAGCAUGUAUUAUUACAUCACAGGUCAAAAUCGACCAAUCGACAAAAUUAAUUAAUUUCCCAGAAAUUCUUGUUACAAGUAGUUACGAAAAGUGUGGAUUUUGUGAUUCGAACUUCGCAACAGUACCAUGUGUAGACUGUGGAAGGUUCUUCCAUUACCCGUGUGCUGUAGCACAGUAUAAGGGUCACAUGAGAUACGAUAAGGAUAUGGAGAUUGUAAACUAUUUCGACCCUCUGCUUUGCAAAAGAUAUUUUUGUAUAGACUGCGGAGUUAAGAGUGAAAAUGGGAAACAGGACUAUCUAACAAGUAUAUGUUUUUUGAAGCCAGAUACAAGAGAUUGGCUCACUAAUAAAUCAGAUGUAUUUGAGAAUAAAUUUAACGUCCAAGUGGGAGAUUAUAUUGUUUUAACACCAGACUGUAUAUUUGAACGCUAUAACACACAUGUGCCCUGGAUUACGCAACAAUGGUUUCCAAUUCUCGUUAAGGUUCUUGACAAAUCAUAUGUUUUUACGGAUGAUAUGAGUGUGACUGGAUGUAUAUUGGUUGAGUCCGUUUUUGGAGAACCUGGUCAAUUUUGUGUAUUUACAAGUCCAGAAAUUAUGUUAACACUACUUAGAGAUUUUUUGAUAAGUCCGUAUAACUUAUCAAGUGUGAAAGUUGGUUCAAAGGUUAAAUGUAAAAUAAAUGGACAGAUUAUUGAAACUGAAGUAAAGAAUGUAAAACAGACUCUUAAUGGUUUAAAUUUUAAUAUAAAUGGUGAAAUACCAGAUGAAACUCUGGAAUUAACCGAGUUAAAAAGAGUAAUUGAAGAUGUGUAUAAAAUCGGCCACAACUCUGUAAGCAUAUCAUACGAUAAGAAAAUUAAGUGGGUUGACUGUUGGAACUUGGAUUUAAAUGAUGAAAUCAAACCAAAGUUGGAAGAAGUUUUUGGUAAAAUCAAGUCAAAAGGAUUAAAUCAAGAACAUAAAGACAAGUUUUUGAACCUUAUCCAAGAUCCUAAAUAUGGAAUAUUCGAGUACGUAGAAGAAUAUGGAUUGAGAUCACAUGAAUGGGUAUACGAAUACUGGCGAUAUAUACCAAGACCAAUUAGCUUAAAUGAAAUUAGAGAAAAGCUGAGAAACGACUAUUACAGAACUCCAAAAGGUGUUUGGGCUGAAAUUAAACUCUUAAUUUCAAACUGUAUAAACUUCAACGAGACUUCGUCAAAUUACUCGAAAAUCGCUAGGGAAGUGGAUGUAAACCUGGAUAAUCUGAUGAUAAAUAUGGCGAACGAUUACAAUUGGACAGUUAUUUUUGAACACAUUUGGCCCUUUAUAAGGAAUUUUGUAAAGCCAAGUGUGCAGCCUAGUAGCCAGCCACAUCGAAAAAAUGAAAUAAAUCAAGUGGAACAGGAGUUUGGGGAGUAUAAUGUUUCAAAGAGAAGGAAAGUUAAUGUACAGGAACCAGUUAGAAGAAGUAGUAGAAUUGUUCAAAAGGUAGAAAAACAAGUAGAAGAAGUAAAAGUGAGGAAGAAAACAUUAUAUAAUUUGAGAUGA